AUGAGACUCAAUCUUGUACUUCUAGCAAGCUGUGUCCUUGCGGACUUUUCGUACUUGGGCUGCUACUCGUCUGUUUCGGGGCUGUUGCAGUCUGACACUUACACAUGGCAGAGCUCGAGCCAUUGCAAACAGCAGUGCUCAGGCCACGCUGUUGCUGCCAUGAAGGGUGGAAACCAGUGCUACUGCGGAGACGAGGUGCCGUCCGGCGACGGCGACGGGACCUGCGACACUUCGUGCACGGGAUACCCAUCGGAAAAGUGUGGUGGCGACGACUCGUACUCUGUCUACGUGGACGAGGAUGAGGUCUCAGAGAGCAGUUCUACCGAGGCGGACAGCAGCACACAGGCCGAGAGCAGCACACAGGCAGAAAGCAGUACGCAGGCGGAAUCCAGCACAGAGGCAUCCAGUACUACUACCUCCAGCACUUCCAGCUCCAGCUCCAGCUCCAGCUCCUCCACUACAAGCUCCAGUUCCUCUACUUCCACCUCGUCAAGUUCCUCCUCGUCCAGCAGCAUCACCAGCAGCUCCUCCACCUCGUCCAGCUCAACAACGUCGUCCAGCUCCACCACCUCCUCCUCCUCCUCCUCUUCGAGUUCUUCCAGCUCCUCCUCCAGUGUGUCCUCCACGACCUCCUCCUCCUCCAGCUCCACCUCCACAAACCCCUCAGAAACAGUCUUUGUCACCACAUCGGUGUCCCCAGAACAAACACACACCUCCGUGAUCUACUCCACCGAGUCCGUCGUGGCCUCGCCAACCGCAUCGGCGUCAGCCACAGACUCCUCCUCCACCAACCGCAAAUCCUCAGGACUCAGCAAGGGCGCAAAGGCAGGAAUCGCGGUCGGCGUGAUCGUCGGCGUGCUGCUCCUUGGCGCCCUGCUCUUCCUCUUCUUCUGGCUCAGACGGUCCCGCGAAGACCCGGACGACGCUAGCGAAAAGAGAGCAUCCAGCAUCCUGGCCUCGUCACCGCCACCUCCACCAGGAACUGCUCGUGGCGCAAUCGGUGCAAACGCUUUUGGAUUCAUGUCGGAGGACGAUAGACUAGAUAUGCCCGGCACCUCCAGAAGAUUCAGUGACGGCUCGCUACCAGACGCAGCAGCCGGCGCAGGAGCACAAAAAGCCCCUCGUCAAGGCGGCCUCCGAGUCAUAAACCCAGAUCUCAGCGACGAUGAAUAA